AUGGGUGGAGGAUCCCCGCCCGUGGUACCCAAGCAGCAUAAGGCUAUCAUCUAUGACAAUCCGGGGGCGGUGUCCACCAAAGUAGUUGACAUCGACACACCGACGCCCGGCCCAGGAGAAGUCCUCGUCAACUUAACCCACUCGGGCGUAUGUCACUCAGACUAUGGCGUGAUGACCAACAGCUGGCAAAUCCUACCUGCACCAACUCCUCAAGGGCAGAUUGGAGGACAUGAGGGUGUUGGCAGAGUUGUACAGCUUGGUCCCGGAGCAGAGACCACUGGCAUCAAGAUAGGAGACCGAGUAGGCGUCAAGUGGAUCGCGAGUGCUUGUGGGAGAUGCGCACCUUGCCUUGUCCGUCAGGAUGGUGUAUGCAUGAAUCAAAAAGUUUCAGGUUACUAUCACCCCGGGACCUUUCAACAAUACGUUCUUGGCCCAGCUGCCUACGUAACCCCGAUUCCCGAUGGAAUAGAGUCCGUUGACGCAGCGCCUCUCCUUUGUGCCGGAGUGACCGUGUAUUCGGCUUUAUUGAAAAGCGAAGCCAAACCUGGACAGUGGGUUGUCAUUCCCGGUGCUGGUGGCGGCUUGGGUCACUUGGCAUGUCAGCUAGGAGCAAGGGCCCUUGGGAUGCGUAUCAUUGGUAUUGAUCACGUAUCCAAGGAGACUCUCGUUAAAGAUUCCGGAGCUGAACAUUUUGUCGACUUGACCAAAUUCUCUAAAGAUGAGGAAAUGGCGGCUCACAUCAAAUCUCUGACUGACGACGGACUCGGUGCCCACGCAGUCGUUGUCUGCACAGCGUCUAAUCGAGCAUACGCGCAAUCAGUAACCUUUUUGCGCUUCAGUGGUACAGUGGUGUGCGUUGGUAUGCCCGAAGGUGACAUGGUUCCCAUUGCUACUGCUAAGCCGAGUUUGAUCGUCACCAAACAGUAUCGCAUCGUUGGAUCCGCUGUUGGUAACCAACAUGAAGCGAUUGAGGUGAUGAAAUUCGGUGCCAGAGGUAUAGUGAAAGCCCACUCUGAGGUAAGGAAGAUGGAGGAUUUGACGCAAACCUUCAAGGAUAUGCAAGAGGGGAAGUUGCACGGCAGAGUUGUUUUGGACCUCUCCUCAUAG